AUGUCUCUCAAGCCCAUCACCGUCUACGGCCACGGCCCCGGCCCUAACCCCUGGAAGGUCAUCAUGGUCUUGGAAGAGCUGAACAUCCCCUACACCCACAAGAUCGUCGACUUCCCCGACAUGAAGAAAGAGGCAUUCGAGUCCAUUAACAUUAACGGCCGUGUCCCCGCCAUCGAAGAUCCCAACACAGACUUCGCCCUCUGGGAAUCCGGCGCAAUCGUCGAAUACCUGAUCGAGACAUAUGACAAGCAAAACUCGAUCAGCUUCGCCCCCGGCUCUAAGGACUACUUCCUUGCCAAGCAGUGGCUGCAUUUCCAGAUGUCCGGUCAGGGCCCUUACUUCGGCCAGGCGGUCUGGUUCAGCCGUCUACACUCCGAGAAGCUUCAGAGUGCCAUUGACCGGUACUUCAACGAGGUCCGCCGUGUCUCGGGUGUGCUCGAUCGUGCCCUCGAGGGUAAGCAGUAUCUUGUCGCUGGUAGGUACUCGUAUAUCGAUGCUGCUUUCGUUCCGUGGUAUGUUCUUGCUGCGCAGUUUGACCUCGAUCUUGAGAAGAACUACCCCAAUCUCACUGGCUGGUUGAAGCGUGUGCAGGAACGCCCUGCUAUUAGCAAGUCGAUUCAGGCCCGCGCUGAGGCUUGCGCGCAAAAGUGA